CGGCCUUUUCCAAGAUGGCGGCCUCCAGCGUGGCCGUCCCGGCCAUGAUCCUCUUUCUGCCGCCGCUGCUGCUGCUACUGCUGCUGGUCGCCUGGAAGCGCUCGCGGCGGGGAAACGCGGCGCGGCACGUGGUGGUCGUGGUAUUGGGCGACAUAGGCCGCAGCCCCCGCAUGCAGUAUCACGCACUGUCCCUGGCCAAGUGCGGCUUCUCCGUGAUCCUCCUAGGUUUCUGCAGCUCAAAACCUCGCGAUGACCUCUUGCACAAUGACAGAAUCCAGAUUGUGUGUUUGACAGAACUCCAGAGACUCGCAGUUGGGCCCCGCCUUCUCCAGUAUGGGGUCAAGGUUGUCUAUCAGUCGGUGCAUUUGAUGUGGAAGUUGAUGUGGACAGAGCCAGCUUCCUACAUCUUUCUCCAGAACCCCCCGGGCCUGCCAGCCAUUGCUGUUUGUCUGUUUGUGGGCUGUGUCUGUGGGAGCAAGCUUGUCAUCGACUGGCACAACUAUGGCUACUCCAUCAUGGGUCUGGUUCAUGGCCCUCACCACCCUCUUGUUCUCCUGGCCAAGUGGUAUGAGAAGGUCUGCGGGCGCCUAUCCCACUUGAAUCUAUGUGUGACCAAUGCUAUGCGCGAAGACCUGGCAGAGAACUGGGCCAUCAGAGCUGUGACCGUCUAUGACAAGCCAGCCUCAUUCUUCAGAGAGACACCCUUGGACCUACAGCACCUGCUCUUCAUGAAGUUGGGCCGCACCUACCCUGCUUUCCGGGCCCCUGCAGGCCCCUCGGACUCACGCAUUGAGAGGUCAGCCUUCACGGAGCGGGAUAUGCAGAGUGGGGUGGUGACAUGUUCGAGUGGUCGGCCGGCCUUGCUGGUCAGCAGUACCAGCUGGACAGAGGACGAGGACUUCUCCAUCCUGCUGACAGCGCUAGAAAAGUAUGACCAGCUCCGAUGUGAUGGAGAACGUCUGCCUGCACUCGUCUGUGUCAUCACAGGUAAAGGGCCUCUGAAGGAGUUCUACAGUGGCCUCAUCAACAAGAAGCACCUGCAACAUGUCCAGGUCUGCACCCCAUGGCUGGAGGCUGAGGACUACCCCUUGUUGCUGGGAUCGGCGGACCUGGGUGUGUGCCUGCACAAGUCCUCCAGUGGCCUGGACCUGCCCAUGAAGGUGGUGGACAUGUUCGGCUGCUGCCUACCUGUGUGUGCCGUUAAGUUCCGCUGCUUGCAUGAACUUGUGAAACAUGAAGAGAAUGGCCUGGUGUUUGAGGAUGCGGCCCAGCUGGCCACUCAGCUGCAGACGCUGUUCUCGAAAUUUCCUGAUCCUGCCGGCAAACUAAGCCAGUUCCGGAAGAACCUUCGGAGCUCAAAGAUCCUUCGUUGGGAUGAGAGCUGGGAGCAGACCGUGCUCCCUCUGGUGGCUGGCACCUGAGUCCAGGUGGUGAUGGGUGGAGCCAGGUCCCUGCCCAGUGUCUGCAGACAAGCAGCGCCACCCAGCGGCAGGGAUGGGAUGGUGGCCUUGGACCUUAUGACAAUGCUCCCAGUGUUUUCCUCUGUUG